UUUGAAUCUGAGAGAGUUUCGAUUUGCACAAACUAUGAUCUUUGCCAUUGAGGAGAUAAAUAGCAGUGACUAUCUUCUUCCCAAUGUUUCUAUUGGAUAUCGUAUCUAUGAUAACUGUGGCUCCACAUUAUCCUCAAUGCGUGCCGCCAUGGCCCUCAUGAACGGCGCUGACGCGACUUCGGAAAGCGCCUGCUCCGGUCAAUCUGCUGUGCACGCCAUCAUUGGAGAGUCUGAAUCAUCCUCGACUAUUGUUCUGUCACGCACCACCGGACCUUUCAAACUACCCGUGAUCAGUCACUCGGCCACGUGUGAGUGUUUGAGUAGUAGGACAGAAUAUCCCUCUUUCUUCCGCACCAUCGCCAGCGACCUCUACCAGAGCCGGGCUCUGGCCCAGCUGGUCAAACACUUUGGCUGGAGCUGGGUGGGGGCGGUCAACAGUGACAGUGACUAUGGCAACAACGGCAUGGCCAUCUUCCUCGCCGCCGCGCGGGAGGAAGGAGUAUGUGUGGAGUACACAGAGAAGUUCCACAGGACGGAACCAGAGAAGCUCAAGAAAGUGGUGGAAGUUAUUCGCAAGAGUACGGCCAGAGUGAUUGUUGGCUUCUUAGCCCACGUGGAAAUGAAUAACCUUUUAGAGCAGCUGAGCGUCCACAAUAUCACAGGCUUGCAGUUCAUUGGUGUGGAGGCCUGGAUCACUGCUGACAGUCUGGUGACCCCCACCAGCUUCAGUGUGUUGGGAGGGUCCCUUGGUUUCGCUGUGCAGAAAGCUAAUAUCAGUGGCUUUUCGGAUUUUGUGAUUAAAGGGUUCUGGGAAUCUGCCUUUCCAUGCACACAGUCAAACAGUGAAAUUGUAAUGGAUACACAAUGUAAAGACAACCUUGAUCUGAUUGAGACAAAGGAUUACAAUGAUGAUGUGCCUGAGCUUAGAUACUCUGCUAACAUCUACAAGGCCAUCUAUGCUGUGGCUCAUUCUCUGCACCGUUUACUCAAAUGCAAAAACGUCAGUGGGUGCGACAAGAUGAUUAAAGUGCAUCCCUGGCAGGUAGUGGAAGCAUUACAGAUGGUCAAUUUCACCAUAAAGAACGGGGAUCAGGUGUGGUUUGACAGCACAGGCGCAGCCGUGGCCCAGUAUGAGGUGGUGAACUGGCAGCGUGGGGCCGAUGGCUCGGUCGAGUUUAAACCGGUCGGCUACUACGACGCCUCAUUACCUCCUGGAGAAAAGUUUGUCCUCAGGAACAAGGACAUAAUGUGGCCUGGUGGAAAGACAGAGUUGCCUGUGUCAGUGUGCAGUGAAAGCUGUCCCCCUGGAACUCGCAAGGUCCUCCAGAAAGGGAAGCCAGUGUGCUGCUAUGACUGUAUACUUUGUGCUGAGGGUGAAAUCAGCAACACAACAGAUUCUAACGGUUGCACAAAGUGCCCUGAAGAUUUCUGGUCAAGUGAAAACAGAGAUAAAUGUGUUCUGAAAACCGUUGAGUUCCUAACUUUUACAGAAGUAAUGGGGAUAGUACUGGUGUUUUUUUCUUUGUUUGGGGUAUUUAUAACUAUAAUUGUGGCAAACUUGUUUUUGAUCAAUAAGGACACGCCUUUAGUCAGGGCCAACAACUCUGAGCUGAGCUUCCUGCUGCUCUUCUCCUUGACUCUGUGUUUCCUGUGUUCUCUGACCUUCAUCGGCCGUCCCUCAGACUGGUCCUGUAUGCUUCGCCACACAGCGUUUGGGAUCACCUUUGUCCUUUGUAUCUCUUGUGUUCUGGGGAAAACUAUAGUGGUGUUGAUGGCCUUCAGAGCUACACUACCUAGCAGUAAUGUUAUGAAAUGGUUUGGUCCAACUCAGCAGAGACUGAGUGUAUUGGCUUUCACUCUCAUACAGGUUGUAAUUUGUAUACUUUGGUUAACAAUCAACCCUCCCUAUCCCUUUAAAAAUAUGGAAAUCUAUAUGGAUAAGAUCAUUCUAGAAUGUGCCCUUGGAUCCCCUAUAGGGUUCUGGGCUGUUUUGGGGUAUAUAGGACUCCUAGCUUUGUUAUGUUUCAUACUGGCUUUUCUGGCCAGAAAGCUGCCUGAUAACUUCAAUGAGGCCAAAUUCAUCACCUUCAGCAUGUUGAUAUUCUGUGCAGUCUGGAUCACCUUCAUCCCUGCUUAUGUCAGUUCUCCUGGGAAGUUCACUGUAGCUGUGGAAAUAUUUGCUAUGCUAGCUUCAAGUUAUGGUUUACUUCUAUGUGUAUUUGCCCCAAAAUGCUUCAUUAUUUUAUUCAAGCCAGAACUGAACACAAAGAAACACAUGAUGGCAAAAUGUAAAUAA